AUGGUGACAUUGGACUCGAAAAGGUUUAAUAUUUGUCCACCUGAUGAUGCAUGGGCUAGAAAGAACUUUGAAAUACGAGGUGCAACAGUAAUGAAAAACAAUCUAAAUAAGGUUCGUACCACAAUGAAUAGACCAAGAUGGAUUGGUCCGGAUGUGUGGACUUCAUUGUGUGAUCAUUGGGGAACUCAAGAAUUUAAAAAGAAGAGAAUACAAGCAAAAACAAAUCGAGCAUCUGAUUGUGGUGGUUUUGGAGCAUCCCUUCACACAUGUGGCUCUAUCACCUCAUCCCAACAUAGAGCUAAUAUGACGAAACAAAAUGGAACUCCUCCUAAUCCUUCAGAACUGUUUCUUCACACACAUCAACACCGCAAGACUAACACUUGGGUCGAUAGAAGAUCGGAACAUGUGCAUAAAAAGUUUACAGAAAGAUGCGAAGAAUUGAUCCAAGAAACAUCUCAACAAGGAACCAUUCCACCUCCUCAAUUAGAUGUUUGGUGUGAGGUUGCAGGAAUAAGAAAAGGAAAAUUAUAUGGUCUUGGAAUGGAAUCUACCGUAAUAGCAGGGAAGCCUACUUAUCGUGGUUCAUGUUCCUCGUCAACCGAAUGGGUUCAAAGACAUGAAUUUGAAGAAAUGAGAAAUGAAAGGGAUCAGCUUCGUGAAGAAUUGGCUAACACAAAUAGGGCUGUUGAGCAUAACAAUUACAUGCUAAAGCAGUUGAUGGACAGUUUGAAUUUUCAACCAAGGCCAUAUUCUAGAGACCAAGUUCAUGAUGACGAGGUUGGUGAUAAUGAUGAUGAGGCUGAUGACGAGGUUGACGGUGAGGUCGGUGAUGAAGACAUGAACUUAGAAUAACAAAUGACUAUAAAAAAUAUAUUAUGUUUUAU